AUGGUUCGCGUAAAUUCUUGCGAGGAAUUACUUGAGAAGCUAGCCGAGCUUUGCAUAGAAAUCGAAAAUUUCGUUCCAGAUGUACCUGGAAAGCAACGACUUCUAAAAUAUUGUCGCCAAGAGCUGCAGCUUAUUAAAUCGGUAGUUAGUUCUCAAAGUUGCACUGAAUUCGUUGCUUCUUCUAACUACACAUUUGUUCGUGGCUUGACAACAUUGUGCCGAAGCUACGGGCCUUGUCGCCUAAUCGGAAUUAUGUGUCGCUUUAAACUGCCUUUCUCUCAAGCUUCGCUUCCUUCAAGUAUCACUUUUGGCCAAUCCGAUUUUGAAUCCAAUGCUGAGCCCUUUUUCGAAGACUCGAAUGACUCUCCUAACCUACGAUUAGGCGCUUCGAUGGCUAAAUCUCAUUCUAGAAUCAAGAGAGAGAUUCUGAUUGCUGAUCUCGUGGUGACGCAAUAUCCAUUCAGUCCUGGAACACCUACGUGUUCAAGCUGCUUCAAGAGUGGCAAAAGCACGGUUAAAAUCCACGGAAAUGCAGAAAACGCUCCAUUCUGGGCUCCCUCAUUUUGGAUAAAGUUCGUGGCGCGAGAUGCCAAGCGCAUCAAUUCUGCCUGGAAUGGUAAGUUUCUUUCUUACCCCUCCAUAUGGAUUCCUCAGCUCGGGGUUAGUGAUUGUCAGGCUGUUUUCAUUGCCCGUUAG